UAUUUAGGCUCAUUUCCGGUAAUGGCGUCUUGACAAAACAAAGCUUUCUCGAUAAUAAGCACCAUAUAAAUGGAACUGGAGAAGCGACGAUCUAAUUGUGGCGGCUUGCCGUCAGGCUGGAAGAGAGAAGAAGUUGUCAGGAAAUCAGGUUUAUCAGUUGGUAAAACCGACGUGUAUUAUUACAGUCCUGAUGGAAAGAAGAUCAGAAGUAAACCUAUGCUGGCACGGUAUCUUGGUGAAUCCUUAGACUUGAGUGCUUUUGAUUUUCGGACAGGCAGAAUUAUACAUAGUGCACUCAGAAAAAGUAAGCGCCCAAGGGGAACACCGUAUGAUUCUACAAGAGGAAUUCGUCAUGAUACAAGUCUAGUACUCCCCAUCCGACAAACAGCAUCCAUCUUUAAACAGCCUGUCACGGUAGUCAGGAACCGGACAGAGAGCAAGACCAAAACAGAUCUGAAACACGGCCCUCAGGAUCCUCCAAAACAGUUGUUUUGGGAAAAGAGACUACAGGGUAUAAAAGCCUGUGACAGUGGGGAUGAGUUUUUACAGCCAUUAGACUUGCCUAGAAAUGUACAAGGUGUGGGACCAGAACUGACAACAGAAAACAUUCUACAGAGUAUAUCUGCUGCCCUACACUUAGGUAACGCACCUGUGACUGGCCAGGCCAACAACAAAGCUACACUGGCCAAAAACCCAGGUGUCAACAUUGACACCAAUCAACCACACAUACAGCAAAUGAUAGUAUCUGAAGACGAUAUAAGACGUCAAGAGACAAAAGUGAUAGAAGCAAGAAGAAAACUACAGGAUGUUAUGAAGGGACAUUUGUAAUGUUUUAUUGGGACUAGAUAUUGGACUUUUAGUAUAUAAAGGAGUGAUGAAAACCACAUCAUCUCAGUCUCAUAAAGCUUAGGCUGCAUUUUACAAAUGUACUUUACAUCAUUUACAAAUCUUAAUGGACCUAGUUGCAAAUGUUUCCUUAAAGUUAAAGAGAAACAUGUGCUGGGUUUAUAGUGUAUAAUCAGGGCUGGUUAGGUUUAAAGUUCCGUGAUAUCAAUUAUAUCCCUUAUUUUAUUGCUAAUUAUAAGCACAUAAUUCCUUGAACAGUUUACCCAGGUCCUGGGUAUUUUAUAUAUAACAAAAUAAUAGGACACUUAGCAUAACUAAGUAACUUGCAUCUAAAAUACAUUAAACUCUUUGUAUGAUGUAUUCCCUAAUUUGCUGGACAUACAUGUAAUUAAGUUGUUAAAACACCGAACCCUGACCUAUGGUGUGUACAGGUGAUAUAUGUUACUUUAUAAACUCUGAACAGUUCCAGAGUGAGUAAAAACUGCAAAAAAUUAGUCAACCAAAAAUAGCAGGCUGUACAGUGAAGUUUACAUGUAUAUGUCCAUCAUUCUAAAUAUAUAUGUACACCCAAAUUAUCACACGACAAAUAACACCUGGUGAUCACAUUAAUAUCACUUAAUGUAAUAAUUGAUUUUAAAGAGGAUACUCAUUUUAUACCCCAAGAUACAGCAAUCACCAGGUUACUAUCAGUUGUAGAGAUAUGCAGUCUGUUUGGUAAAAUAUAUUGAAUUUUACAGGUUACACCUCUUGAAAAAAAUAUCCCCUCUCCCCAAUAAAUAAAAUGCAUCUGUUCACAAUGAACCCUCAUUAACAAAUCCAUGUCAACUGAACGGUUGUUUUUCACAUUAAAAUCAUUAUAUGCCAUGAAUAUUUAUGUAAUGUUAAACAAGUAAAAUAUAUUUGUUUUCACUACUUUACAGUGUAUUUAUUUGUGAAAAGAAAGUUAUUUGCAAGUCAGUUUGUGCAUAAUAACGUUUCAUCAUGAUUUCACAGUUCAUCAUGACCAUAGCUAGGUCAUUAGAGCCAUAAUGAUAAAUUUUGAUGUUAUGCAUUGCCAAGAAAUUUGUAUUUAGAAUUUAGAUGAUUUCUCAAAUAAAUAAAUGGUGCAAUAUUUCUUUUUCUUCCUAAUGAAUGCUUUUAGCACUUUCAAACCAACCCAUUUCUUACAUCUCUACACAAAACUUUGACAUGGCAUUCAGCAAGCAGGACAGUCUUCACCAGUAUAGACAAAUUGAUCCCCCCAAUGAAACGUAUGCCGACAUAGUGAACUCUUUAA